ACGAAUGAGAGGGAGCUAGGCAGGCCAGGCAGCGGGAGCGAGGAGGGCGUAUUUGUGGACGAUUCGGGAGUUGGGUGGAGCAGGAUUUGCGGGCGGGCAGGAUUGACGAGUGAAUUCGGUUGUGGGUAGAGAUGGUGGAAUGGUGGUGGGGAGUGGUAGGGGCAGUGGUGCCAGCGCUGGUGGUGCGCCAGGUUGCGCGGACCAGGGGGCGGUCGGAGGAGGAGCAAUUGCGAGGGCGUGAUAGCAAGAGUUCGACGGAUUCGUUCGUGUGCGAAAGAGUGUGCACGUCGAAGCGGAUGCUGAAUCGCGUGGGGGCAUUUUCCAAAGACCCCACUCCCGAUACUUGUGUUACGGUUUGUGGGGUUUCGGAGGUGGAUGCUUGUGCCGAUGCGUGCGGUCGCUCUGUCUGUGCCAACGCCCACCAUGUCCCCAACUGGAACGACAUUUGUAUGCGGCGCUGCCAAAGCCAGUGCUUGAAGGCUAUACGGUCCGAACCGUCCUAGGUUGGCAAUUUAGAUGGCUGGCGUUGGAUGUGAAAGACUCAAGCCUCUGUUGUAAAGGAAGUGGUACAGCCUUUUAUGCUGUCUAAACCCAUCUUGCUACGAGGCCAAUGUUGUUCACGUUCUUUAGUGUGUUCAGUUGUAAUUUGAAGCUUCGAUAGAAGAGAAGCACCUCAUCAAUCGUCAAUUAUACUCUUGGUCAAUGAUUACGGGUAUGUUAUCAUGUUAACAGUCUUCUCAACUCACUUAGGCUUACAGUCCUCUCAACUUCUUUAUCUUCCCUCUCCAGUUCUGUACUUUCUAGGAUGGUUACCUUACCCUCUGAUCGCAGUUUUCGAUAAAGGUGUACACUUGCAAGAGCUAGGAUCAACGUGUUGUGGGAAUCAUUCCUACCGAAGUGAAUGAAGAAUUAUUGCAC